AUGUUGUUUGUUAUAGCCUGUUCUAUCUGCACCAGUCCUAUCGUGUACUUCCUCGUUCGCUCCAUCUACUACCUCUUCUUCCAUCCUCUGUCAGCCUUUCCAGGUCCAAAACUCUGGGCAAUCUCCCGCGUUCCCUGGAACUAUGUGAACCUACAAGGGAACCUCGCAUGGCGCAUUCGUGAUAUGCAUUUGCAUUACAAUAGCAGCGUGAUACGUGUUGCUCCAGAUGAGCUGUCGUAUACGAGCAGCACAGCUCUGAAAAAGAUAGACGGCACUCCACCGCCGCGCGAGUUUCUCAAAUGUCUGGACGGUCGUGGUAUCGCUCCAGCGGUUGUUAACGGGCGUCGCAGCAUUGUCACCGAGACGCCCGAGCGGCACACUAUCCUCCGCCGUGCCCUCCAGCCCGCCUUCAGUGAGCGUGCCUUACGCGACCAAGAAGACUUCUUCCGCGACCACACUGAUCGACUAAUCGCACAGCUACGAAAGCCACAGUAUAGUGUCACUGAGCAGAAUAUCUUACGAUGGUUUGCUCUACUCAGUUUCGAUAUCAUGAGCGAUCUAGCGUUUGGUCAGCCGGCUGGCUGUCUAGACCGUGUAGAUGAGCCCUGGCUCGAAGUCAUUGGGUCGCGCGUCAAGAGUAUUGUUUGGUACCAGUUUGCUGUGUACUACCACGUCGAGUGGAUUUUGAGAUGGAUCAUGCCCAAAGCAGCCAUGGAGGCGCGCAAGCGGCACCAAACUCUGACGCUACAGAAGGUGCAGCGACGGAUCGAAGAGGAGCGUAGCGGGAAAAGAAAGGGAAAGAGAAGGGACUUCAUGAGCUAUAUCCUUGGUAACGACAGGGAAAACCUAAGCAAUAUGGACUUGUUUGGUAUGGCAAGUGCGUUGAUCGUGGCGGGCAGCAACACGACUACGUACACGAUGACUGCUUUCGUCUUCUUCGUCUGUCGACAUCCAGAGGUCUAUGCAAGAGUUGUUGCUGAAGUGCGAGACAAAUUCGCGAGCGAGGCUGACAUUACCAUGGUUGCUGCUGGUGAGCUACCCUACUUGAAAGCUUGCAUCGAGGAGACGAUGCGCAUGUCACCUCCUACACCUUCAGCUUUGCCGCGCUGGGUUCCGGAGGGUGGAGAGGAGAUAGACGGCAAAUUGGUUCCGGGAGGUGUAAGUCUUUUCUUGUCCGUUAGCGCCAAGGUGACAUUUAACUGA